CUGUCUCCAGCCAUAAAUCAACAUCUCUGGGAGUAUUUUAUCGUCUGCUUCCGGUUUGAAAACCUAAUUGGGCUCAUUUUUGAAUUCCUGUCCUCCUGCAAGGCGGAGACAGGAGGACAUCCUUUUUUUCACCGACUCCGUGAUGCUGCAUCAGUGGAUAAAUAUUCAGUGUUCUGGGGUGAGCAGAGGAUGCCGUCCUCCAGCCUUCCCUCCACCCCCCCACCCCCUUCUCCCACAGCACGUAGUCUGGUUGAUUUCACUUUUCAUUUCACACACCCCUCCUCUCUGAUCCACCCUGCCAUCCAGGAGACUCCCCAUCCAUCCCAGCACACUGCGCUGGACUAAGACGCUACACCAGCUCUGCCGCACUCCAGCUUUCUCAUAUAAUAAUAACAACAACAACAACAGAAAAACUCAGGUUUUUUUUGACAAACGGUGCAUGUUCGCAAAUACGCUGUGGAUGUAGAGGAGAUGUUCGGUCGCGACUGAUGCUGUUAUUUUUCACCUGGGAUUAACGUUACCACGAUGCCAAAACCAGGGACGCCCUGACUGUUGAGAUUGACGCUGGAUUAAAAAAAAGGUGUCACAAACAGGCAGCACACACAGGACUGGACCACAAACAGAGGCUUCAUUUUGCGGUCAGCAUGGCUGUGAACAUGAUGCCAGCUCCUGCCAUUUGGCCAGGAGAGGACCAACCAUCGCUGCUGGACCAGGAAGACUCUCUGGCGAGCCAAGCCUCCGUCUCUGUUCCAUGCCCACCGGUAAUAGGUGAACAUCUCAUCCACAGUUGCGGCAGCCCGGCCAGCACACGGCCCCCCCGCAGCAAAUCCAAAGGAGAGCUAGUCAUAGUCAUCAACGAGAAACUGAAGAACAGUAACGGGAUACACUCGGCGCCUGCAGAGAGCACCUCUCCAGUCAUAUCCUCUCCUCCACGAAGACAACACUCCAUCUCUUACCCUCAUCACGGCAAGACCAGGAAGGGGAGCCGGGCUAGCUCCAUAGGCUACACUGCUUUUUCGCCCAGGCCAUCGCUUUCUCGCCAUUCCAGCAUCGCCACCAACCCACCCUUGGACCGGACCAAGGUUAAAGACUACCUCCUCUUGUCCGUGCUGGCCUGCUUCUGCCCCGUCUGGCCCAUAAACAUUGUGGGAUUUGUCUACUCCAUCAUGUCCAAGAACAGUCUUGAACAGGGAAACCUGGAUGGUGCUGUGCGUCUGGGACGUGUGGCCAAGAUGCUCUCCAUGGUAUCACUAGUAGGAGGGACGGUCAUUAUCAUCGCCUGCAUUGUCAACCUGGCCAUAAAUGUGAAAACCUGAGUUUCAUCCCAGGAUGAAACUGGAUAAGGCAACUGACCGUCUGGCCCGCACCUGCACCACCGUCUUUACCGCCUAGUCAUUACCUGGAUGUGUGACAAAUAUGCACCCGAUAUACAGUGCUUACUUAUAUUUCUGUAAUCUAUAUAAAUCCCUUUUGCUAAUGGAAGAAAAUAACAUAUGCAAAUACUGCUGCUCUGAGUCAGGGUUGGGGGAAGGGGGGGGGUUUGUCCGUAUGAUGUUGGAUGGAGAAGGGAGUCAGUCAGACUAAUCAGUCCCCUUCGUAUUCUGGUCAACACAUUCAGAACGAUUCUUGAGAUAGACACAAACUCUUCAAGACUCCCACCACCACCCUCAGAACUGACUCAAACAAGGUGGACUGGAAAAGAGACCAGUGGAGGUGGUAACAGAGCGUGGAACAGGAAGGAUUGCCUCCCAGCUUCAGCGCCACAUGCAAGUCCCAACAAAAUGUCCGCCAAGUCCAUCCUUCACUGCACUGACGACAGGACGCAUCAGAGUUUCAGCUUGCCGUUAAAUCCCCUUGGAUACGUGGAGAGGCUCUGGGAUUUUUUUGCGCUGCAUUGGAAUCACAGAGCAGAAAUUCAUCCAUUUACCCCACAGAGAAGAAACACUUUCAAUCACAGUAUGUCCUCUUGUUUCAGACUCUCCUCUGUGGUUCUCAUGACUCCUGCCAUACAUCUUGUGUUUGAGAUGUGAGCGUAUGGGUGGCAAAAGAGGAUGAAAAAGAGGCUUACCAAGGACUAGCUAUGGGUGCUAAAAUGGAGGGGAUUAUGAAAAGUCUCGCACAGACGGCACAGUCAUCACUGCAAGGAAAAAUAUGUGCCAAAAAAAGAAUUUAUAGGGAAAGUUUCUUGCUUUGUAAAGACCCAACUCUCAUCACAGAAUUGUUGUUAUAGAGAGGAACAUCAAAAGUGUUUUUACUCUGCUGCGACUUUACUGUAUAUCCACUAAACACCACUGAGCACUGUGAGCAGGGAAAGAGGGUACAUGUUCACAAAAAACCCCCCCACUGUAGCAAGAUACUUAAAAUAUUAAUUUUACAGGGAAGCUAAUUAUAUGCCAUCCUAUAUCCUAUCUUUUGAUAAUGUUUGUAAAAGAUCAUUUUGAAACAGAUGAAGAUUUGUAAUGUGAUGCUCUUCAAGUGCUGUGCCGCAGUUGACAGGUGGUGGUAGUAUUGUAUGCAUAUGAGGCAUCACGAUUUGGUUAACAAAGUAAAUAGCUCAUGAUUGCAGUCAGACUUGUGGCUCUAGCCUCAGUCUGCAUCCACAGGUCGCCUGUAAUUUUAAACCAGACAGAUGGUGGCUUUUUUUUUUUUUUUUUGUCCCUUGAAAAACCCCUAAAACAGUUGAUUUUUACUUGGAUUUGUCUGCAAUGAACACCUUAAUAUAUACUGUUGUGAAACACAAUAGGAUUAUCUUUUGAUGGAUUAUUUGUAAUACACCGGAUCAGACAUUUUAUGGGUGUGAGAUAUGAGUAGCAGUGUGAUAGCAGUACAACAGAUAAGUUAUUUUAUUAUUAUUAUUAUUAUUAUUAUUAUUAUUAUUAUAGCUUCUGUAUAUCCUUACCUAACCUCUGAUCUUUAUCUACCCGUGAUUCUCACUGUGAUCUAAAACACAACCAGGUUUCAUUAAGAACAGAUAAAACUCUCCUUAUUAUGUACAGAAACGCCACGAUGUCAGAGUCUCAUGAGUUCAAACCUGCAGAUAAUUUUCUGUAGUGAUUAAUAUGGCUUUUUUUCCUGUUAGUACUUAAUAUGUACAUUUAAUUGUAAUCAACAUUUGAUGUAUUCUGCGGAUAUAAAUCUCAAUAUUGUGGAAAUUCUCUAGUGGAUAUGAGUUAGCAUUAAGUAGUUAUGAUCUAACGUAGGCACAGACACUGUCAGCUAGCCUCCUGACAGUCAUUGUAUUACCACCAGGCUUCUAUAAUCUUUGUGGUUAUUGGCAUGUUGUGGAUUUUUAUUAAUGUAUGAUGAUAGAAGUUGAAAAUUACAAAGAUGAGCUGGCACUUGGACUAUUAUACUUCUGCAGCAAAUUCAUAAUAAAGACACAAUGCAUGUAA